GAUGUCUUGAAGAGCUACAGAAUGGAGGAAUGUAGCACAAGCAUAGAACCCACGGUUGAUGUUGAUCUUAACAACACAACUACCUCAACUACGUUAUCACCACAAAAUGGUACCAUUACUGAGGAAUGCUCUCAAUUACAAUCGCUUUAUGAUAAAUAUAACAUUCAACAAAAAGAGAUAGAAAGGUUAGAAGAACAGAAUUCCGAGUAUCGUGAAAAGUUGUUGAAGACAAUACGAGAACGUGAUUUGAACGAUGAACUGCUGCGAAAUGUACGUGAAGCACAGAAGAAAGAAACUAUCGAGUUCGAAAAGCGCAUCAGAGAUUAUGAGAUACAAUUGAAAGCUGUGCAGGAUAAAGCAUCCGCCCAAGAAGCUCACUAUAAUGUGACGAUGAAAGAUCUUUCUUUGAAAUACAACACAUCUGUCAGCCAGUUGACCAAGAAAGCGGACAUAGCUGAAAAAGAGAAAAAUGACGCAGUCAUAAAAUAUGCCACGCGGGAGGCAGAAAUGAUGCGAAUGCGAGCGGAAUUACAGAAGAAGGAACAAGAGUUACAAGAGUUCAAGAAAGCAAAGGAGGAGCUGGAAAAGUGCCAAAGCCAAGAAAAUGUAGAGCAACUGGAGAAGUCCAACAAUACAUUACGGGUCGAGAUUGAACAUAUCAAGCAUGAAAAGUUCGACUUGGAAAAUAAAUUGAAGAUUGCCGAAAAACGUGCUGAUGCAUGCACCUCCUCAGUAGCAGAGCUCAGGCAACAAUGUGAUGUAUUGCGUAAACAAUUAAUUCAAAUCAAAGAGGAAAAGGCUCAAAUACAAGAGGAUCAUCGGCAGCUGUCUUUGAAAACGCAGAUUCAAGAAUCUCGUAGGCAACAUGAAUCGCAAGAGUUGAGCAAAUCGCAGCAAGAGCUGGAACAAAGGAUAGCUGAGGCUAAUUCUGAAAUAGCACGACUAAGUGAGACGAAUCGGGAAGUGAAUGGGCGACUGGAGGAAGUCACCAGAGAAAACUUUGAUUUGCUCAAAAAGCUGCAAGACCUUGAAGAUAAGCUUACUAUGGAAGAAGAAGCUCAUGCAGCUGCAAAUAUUGAACUUUCGCGUCUACAUGGCAUCGAAAACCAGGUUUCCAGCACGAAAAAGGUCGUAGAGCGAGCCAAAGCGGCCCAAGAACAAGCCGAAAAGGAGCGCGAGAUUGCUGAACAAGAAGCUGAAGAGUGUAGGCAACAAGCUGAGCGAAUGUUGACGAUCACUGAACAGCUAACACAGCGUAACAGUCAGCUUGCUACUGAUGUGUCAGUGGAUCGCGAGAAGAACUGUCGCCUUGAGCAGCAAUUGAUCGAAACUGAAGGAUCUUUGCAAAGAGCCCUGCUGAAGCUAGCGGAACGGGAAAAAGAUCUUGAAGAGGCUACCGGAAGUGGACAGACUGAAAUAGCCUUUCUGAAGACGGAGCUCAACGAGAAGAUAGCAAAAGUGCAAGAGUUAACGCAGCGAUUACAAGAGGAGCGUACGGAUCACGCGGCUUUGAAAAAGAAGUACAUGGCUAAUAUUAAGGAAUUAAAGCACGAAUUAUCAAGCCUCCGCAAGCAGGUGGAUGCAAAUAGUGGUAACUCUCCGCUUGCUCCACCACUAUCUGGAGAUUCUGUGCCGAGCACGAGCUCAAGAUCGAGAGCGAGCUCAGUCACCAGUUUGGAUAGAGCUACUACCACUUCGCGUGAUGAGGAUAGCUCUCAAGCUGGUCAUGUUGCGGUUGCUGAGACGAAUGCCAUCCAGCAAGUGAUGAUAGACAAGAUCAUUGUUUUACAAAAGAAGCUUGCAAGAAGAAAUGAAAAGAUAGAAUUUUUGGAAGAUCAUGUCCGGCACUGUCUCGAAGAGUUGCAGAAGAAAACAAAAAUAAUCCAACAUUAUGCACUGCGUGAAGAAGCAUCAUUGCUGUUACCGUCGGAUGGAUCGCUUGAGCAGGUUCCACUAUCAAGGAAAGGAACUUCAUAUUCCCUCAUGGGUGCAAUCUUCUCUGGAGGAAGCGAUAAGAAGUCUUUACAGCUUGCCGCAGAAGUGAAUUCGAGGUUGCAGGCUGUGCUGGAAGAUGCCUUGAUAAAGAAUAUAACUUUAAAGGGUUCCGUUGACUCACUCAGCAACGAAGUUUCACGAUUAUCCCGAGAAAAUCGCCAGCUCACAUUAACACACAGUCGGUGCAACGAACAGCACAUAUAGAUAUUUAUUAUUGUAACACUUAACUUCGGUGAACUUCUAUUUGCUUGUUUAAUGUAUCAUAUAAAUUAUGCACUAGCCGAGAGCGGGUGCAAAACGUGAUCUCGGAUGGUUUCAUUGGAUAAAAC